UCCGGGCGCAGGCGCAGUGGAAUGGCACUGAGCCUGCGCAGACUGACGGCGCUCGUGGAGCGGAGUGCCACGCAAUGGCGGGCACGGGCUUGGUAGCCGGGGAGGUGGUGGUGGAUGCCUUGCCGUACUUUGACCAAGGCUACGAGGCGCCCGGCGUGCGGGAAGCGGCUGCGGCCCUGGUGGAGGAGGAAACGCGCAGAUACCGACCUACCAAGAACUACCUGAGCUACCUGACAGCCCCGGAUUAUUCUGCCUUUGAAACUGACAUAAUGAGAAAUGAAUUUGAAAGGCUGGCUGCUCGACAACCAAUUGAAUUACUCAGCAUGAAACGAUAUGAACUUCCAGCCCCUUCCUCGGGUCAGAAAAAUGACAUUACUGCAUGGCAAGAGUGUGUAAACAAUUCCAUGGCCCAGUUAGAGCACCAGGCAGUGCGAAUUGAGAAUCUGGAACUGAUGUCACAGCACGGGUGUAAUGCCUGGAAAGUAUAUAAUGAAAACCUCGUUCACAUGAUUGAACAUGCACAGAAGGAGCUUCAGAAGUUAAGGAAACAUAUUCAAGAUUUAAACUGGCAGCGAAAAAACAUGCAACUCUCAGCUGGAUCUAAAUUGAGAGAAAUGGAGUCAAAUUGGGUAUCCCUGGUAAGUAAGAACUAUGAGAUUGAAAGGACUAUUGUGCAGCUGGAGAACGAGAUCUAUCAAAUCAAGCAGCAGCAUGGGGAGGCAAACAAGGAAAACAUCCGCCAAGACUUCUGACCUUGGGCAGAAGGGAAGAGACACCUCAGGCCCCUGGGCUUUGUCAGAGCAUGUUUAGAGACUGUGGAAUGUGGACUGUUGUGUUGCUUUAUGUGUGUAUUAGCAAAAUGAAGAUUUUCAACAUGUUGCUAUUUUUGUAGCUAUAAAAAUCUGAGUUUUUAAAGUGAGUAUGACUUUACAAUUAUCUUGUCAUAUUUUGUAGCAGAAGUUCUUUUUUGAAGGCUUCAGAUUUUGUAACUAAGCUUCUUUAUUUAAGACUUCCAACAUGUUUGGGAAGGUGCGAACUUUGAGUUUAUGUUUUUGUUGAAUAAAGUACAGUUCUAAGCA